AUGAAAUAUAAAUCUAAUCUUGAAUUUGGUUCAAUAACAUCUCGUCGUCGUGAUCGUCGAGGAAAAUCUUUUAGUGGUGCAUCUGCAUAUCAAGGUAAUCAACCUCCAUUUUAUUCUCAUCAACCAUCACUAUUUACAACAAUUAAUGAUGAAUUAGUUCCAUUGGCAUAUCAAUCUCAAUCAUUUGAUCCAUAUCAAUCAAGUGUUGAAUAUCGUUUACAAGAAAUAACUAAACGAUUAUCUACAUUAGAAACAAAAUUAACUGAAGAUGUAUCUACUGUUCUUUCAAUACUUCGACGUCAAUUUCCAACAAAUAAUUUAUCAAUAUCUUUAUCUUCAACUGAUAUAUUAAAAACUAGUUCUUAA